AUGGUAAAUGCAUUAGCUGAUGUUCUGUGGCAAAUUAUUCGGAAGAGAUCCUCAUUUCUGCAUCGACAACGCGGAAUCCCGAAACAUUUUAGUAGAGAACGUUUCAAUAUAAAGGGUGUAAACAGUAUCCGUUUCAAUGGAUUGAUUCAUAGAAAAGGUUUGGACAUCCAAGCAUCACCUGAAGGCAAAGGCAUUGUAGUGACAAUGAAAAAGCGAAAUAAGACCAAUAUGCCUAGUAAGUCGAAUGUAUCUGUUACGCUGAAGAAGAAUAGUCGUAAAUCGUUAAAGAGUGUGAAAAAUAUUGCCCGUAGUUAUCGAAUUGCACAUAAAGGGUUGGCACAGAAACGUGCUUCGCAACUACUUCGUUCACUGAAACCAGUAGCAUCACGUCGUGGGCGACAUGUCCGUAAAGCAGAAGUCUGA